GGAAAAAUCGUUGGAACUUUCCUAGAGAUGACAAAUAACUUUGGUCCCCAAUUGCCUCAUAAUUUCUGCUGAAAUAGAGAGAGCUUCUCAUAACCAAAGUCAUUCUCAUUCUGUCUGUGAAAUCCAUUCUUACACACUUUAGACAACAUGAUGCAUAUUCUAAUCCAAAUUUGGAAAUGGUUGAUGCAGCCAAAGGUGUGGAGGUUUGUGGGUUUUGCAUCAUCCAUUGUUGGAUUGCUCUGUUAUGCUCUAAGCUCUUCCUUCAACUAUCUCUUUGGAGAUUGGAAUCUGUUAAAGAUUUUUCUUUACAGUGUUUUCAGCUUAAUCAUCAGCCUCAUCAUUUUAUUUGCAAAGAUAUGGCAACACUCAACAAGUCUUCGGUUCAAAGCUCACGCAGCGUUUUUGGUACUAGCAAUCACUUCACUCUAUUCAUUUUUCUUCGAUAAAGUAAUGAAUGGAAAACCAGAUUCAUAUAGUCUGCUUUCAUGUGCUGCUUUUUCUAUCAUGUUACUGAGUUUGUCGCGACAAACUCAGUGCGGAUUUGAAAUUGAUCUUAUGUACUUCUUCCUCGGAAGUCUAAUUGUGCAACUCAUGAAAAUUAAAUUAGAGUUAUGCAUUCUUGGAGUAGGAUUCAGCUAUUUAAUUAUUAUUCUUCGUUCUGUUUUCUCUUCUAUAAAUGUUGUAAUAUAUAAUGAAGAUCCUACUAUCGUUCAAGAUGAAAAUCUGGUCGUUAUUGAAGUCAAUUUGCAUUCACCACAACUGGCAAGUAUUCGUAGUUGUGUGUUGGAACAACUAAGUAAUUGUGUGACUGCGCUUCGGCAAGAAAAUUCAAAUAUUAUUGAUAUGCUUUUGGAGCAGUUGAAAGAAUACCUUGGUGAUGAUUCUGAAUUGACAGUUUCUGACCGUAAUUUCGAAGCAGUGCUUAGACCAAAAGAAAAUUUGAAUCUCAUGAUAGACUCUAUACCACCACAAACAAUCGAAAACCUUCACAAAAUUGCGAAACUGAUGGUUGGAGCUGGAUUCGAGAUGGACUUUUCUGACGUGUAUAUCAGUUGCCGGAGAGGAUGUUUGGACGAAUGCCUCUCAAAGCUGGGGUUUCAAAAGGUUAGUGUAGAGGAAGUUCAGAAUAUGUCAUGGGGGGACUUUAGAGACAAGAUUGAAAGAUGGAUUAAGGCUUCAAACGUGGCUUUCAAGAUAUUGUUCCCCACUGAGCGGCGAUUAUGCGAUCAGGUUUUCUUUGGGUUCUCCACUUCCGCUGAUAUAUCGUUCACAUGUGUUUGCAGGGAAUCUACACUUCAGCUGCUAAAUUUCGCCAAUGCUAUCGCCUUAGGAAGCCGGUCACCGGAGACGUUGUUUAGAGUCCUCGAUGUGUUUGAAACAAUGCGUGACCUAAUUCCAGAGUUUGAAUCUAUAUUAAUUGGGUUGCUACAAAAUGAAGCAACCACAAUUUGGAAGAGACUAGGGGAAGCUAUCCGAGGCAUUUUCAUGGAGUUGGAGAAUCGGAUCCGCCAAGAUGCAGCAAUGGGGGCCUCUUCCAGUUGUGGGCUUCUUGGAAUUACCUGUUAUGUGAUGACAUACCUUCGUGUUGCAUGCGAGUCAUGGCAGACACUGGAGAAAGUGUUUGAAGAAAACCAUGGGCAUUUGUUGAAGGAAUAUCCCAAAAUUGAGGAUAGAAUGCAUUCUUCUUCUAUGCUAUCAAUGCAGAUGGAUUCGAUUAUGGAGCUAUUAGAGAACAAUUUGGAAGCCAGAAGCAAAAUCUACAAGGACCCAGCUUUGUUCUAUGUAUUCUUGAUGAAUAACUGCAUGUACAUGGUUCAUAAAACCAAAGAUGGUAAAUUGGAAACCAUUUUAGGGGAUGCUGUGAUCCAAAAAUAUACAGCGAAAAUUCAGCAACACCGUGAGAACUAUCAAAGAAUCUCAUGGAAUAAGGUGUUGGACAUUUUGAAGUUGGACGGCAACGGAUCAAUGCAGCUUAAUGAGGUAGCUGAGUCAAUGAAACAGAAGCUGAAGUCAUUCAACACGCUAUUUGAUGAAAUAUGCAGGGUUCAAUCUUCAUGGUCUGUCAUUGAUGAACAGCUUAGGGAAGAAAUAAGGAUUUCCAUUAAGAAAACCUUGUUGCCAGCUUAUGGAAACUUCAUUGGGAGGUUUCGAAGUGUUCCGGAACUUGGUAAGCAUGCUGACAAAUAUAUUAAGUAUGAAGCAGAUAAUAUUGAAGCAAGAAUUGAAGGUUUGUUUGAGGGGAUGCAGUUUAUCAACUGGUAGACGAAAACAAACCUAAAGAUGUAUGUUUUUUUUUGUGUGUAUGCAACUGUCAUGAACGUAGUUGUAAAAUAUGUAUGACCUAUUUUUUUGAAACAGCAAAUAUAUUAUUAAUAAAAACUAGGUCUUUGCACAACACGAACGGAGACCGGUAAAAGAGGGGCUGCAAAACAAAGGUGUCGUAUAUAAGCGGAACACCAAUGAAAAUACUAAAACAGACACCACCUAAUAAAUAUCCACAUCUCAACACUUGUUGCCAUGAGCUUCUCCGAUAUUGGUCGUAGUUGUACAAAACAUUUGCUUUGUGUUUUUGAAUCACAUCAUCCGAUAAAAGUUUCCUUAUAUCUUUGUUCUUCGUUUUGAGAAGUAUGUAUUGGUUGUUAUUCAUUAAGAAAACAUAGCCCAAAGAAGAGUCUUUAUAGAUUUUAGAUUUGGCUACCAAAUUACUCUCCAAUACCUCCAUAAUUCGAUCCAUAUGCAGUGAAAGAGAAGAAGGGGAUGGCACACUAUCAUCAAGCUUCGGGUAUUCCCUCAACAUAUGUCCAUACCUGCUCUGGCGUCGGUCGAUAGUCACAAAUGAGGCAGAGGUACUUCAUCGUGUAACGGAUAAUGGGAUGAAUCCCGCCCUCGGGAACAGCUGCCUUUGCUAGAUCUUGGCGAAUUACAUUUUCCAACUCCAUGAAAAUCUCCACUAUUGCUUUUGCCAAUUUCUUCAAAGUUGUGUUUGUUUCAUUCCUUAGCGACACACAGAACUGAUCACAAAAAAGAGACUCAAACACGUCAAGGAUUGUGAAUAACCAAUCAGGCGAACGACUUCUGUUUGCUGCUGCUACGCUGAAAUUUAGCAAAUGAAUAGUGCACCACCAACAAACCUCUGAAGGAGAGAUUAGCGACUGUGGAGAAUCCGAAGAAAACAAGAUCGCAGAGUCGUCGCUCAGUGGGGAACAAUAUCUUGAGAGCAACCUUUGAAGCCUUAAUCCAACUUCUAAUCUGAUGUUUAAGAUCAUUCCAUGAAAUCUUGUUAACAUCCUCAAUAGUAAGAUUCACUAAACCUAAUAAUUGUUUCAUUUUGCGCUCCAACCAUUCCCUCCGGCAACUGCUGUAAACAUUAUAGCACUCCUUUUCAAAACCAGUGUUCACCAUCAACUUUGCCAUUUCAUGAAGUUUGUUCAUUGUUUCAGGCGGCACCAUAUCCAUCAUGAGAAUCAAAUUUUCUAUUGGUUUGAACAUUUGUAUGCAUAAGCCAUCUUUGAAUUUGGAUUAUAAUAUGCUCCAUGUUCUCUCUUAAAAGUUGAAACUGCUUUUUUUUUUAAGGAACAAAUAUACUGAGAUGUGAACAAAUUUUUUUGGUUUUUUUUUUUUUUUUAAGGAAGCUACCUAUCCUCUUAAUUCUUAAUAACUUAAAAGUUGAUCAGUGAAAGUAAUUUAAAUAUAUAAGAAAUGAUUAAUGGUAGACAGUAGUAGGAAUUGACUAAUCAGAGCCCCCUCUUUUGAAAUAAAAUGGACUAAUACGAGAAUUUAGUUAAAAUGGAAAAUCAUGACAAACAAAUCAAAUGGAAAAUCAUGUGCAAAUUAAUUUAUGUUUAAAAUGACAUUACAACCAAUCAUAUAGCAUAGUUGGACACGUCUUUGUUAAGAGAAAGAAACGAAUUUGUCUCCUUAAACAGGAGAAGCCGCACAAUCCCCUUCCAUUCUCUUUUUUGUUGUUGCUAAAUCCAAAAAAUUAUACUAACAUAUUUUGAUUUGGAUGUAAUAUCUACAAUUUUCAUUAUGAUCACAAAUAUCUUUGGUCUUUCGAAUAACGUACCUGCUGUUAUUAAUCACACGCAUCUGCACUGAGAGAGGAAUUAGAGCAAUGCAUUCUAUCCUCAAUUUUGGGAUAUUCCUUCAAUGGAUUCCCAUAAUCUUCUUCAAACACUUGCUCUAGGGUCUUCCGUGAUCGAAUAGCAGCAGGGAGAUAGUUCAUCACGUAACGGGUAAUCGGGUGAAGUCCACCACUGUCGGGAACCGCAUCCCAUGCCAGAUCUUGGCGAAUCAGAUCCGUCAACUCCGCAAAAAUGCCUCUGAUCGCUUCGCCCAAUCUCUUCCAAAUUGUGGUUGCUUCAUUUUGCAGCCACAAACUGUAUUGAUCACGGAACAGAGACUAAAACUCUGGAAUGAGGUCACGCAUUGUUUCAAAGUUCAAACAUGUCGAUUCUAAACAACCACUCAGGUGAUCGGCUAGCAUCGGCAAAAUUCAGCAACUGAAGUGUAAAUUCCCUACAGACAUUCAUAAAUGAUAAAUCAGCGAUGGAGAACCCAAAGAAAACCC